UCAUUAUAACUUAAAGGAUAAAUAAAAUAUCACUAAAUAACUAGAUUUCAUGUUUAUUACAAAGUGGUAACUAAGGUGGCCAUCUUGAAAUCGAUGUUUAGCAUAAAAUAUUUAGGCUACUAUAUAGCGGCUAGGCUAGCUUUCCGUUCAACUACGUAGCCCUACGUAGCAGCUACGAUCUUGAACGCAGUCCUGUGCUUAUAAUAUGGCUAAAAUUGUCAGUCCUUUCAAUUUCAGGUGACGGGCUUGCUUCAUCAUUACCUCCCUUGAAUCCGCCACUGUUGUCUACACCUCAAAAUAAACGAACUCGUAGUCUCGCUGACUGAACCUAGUCGAUUCAUAUAUAUCUUUCAGAUGGCAUUAUCCAAUCCAGUAGUUCUGGAUACUGUCCAAAAUGAACCAGUCAUUGGUCAGCACUAUCUGGAGUGUUGCACUGAAGACUGUGGGAAGAACUGUCAAUUUUACUGCAAUCCAUGUCACCGACCAUUGUGUGAAAAAUGCAGAGAUGAACAUCAGAAUAGUCCCGCAACCAAGAACCACGAAGUGGUCUCUUAUCGACAACGCAAAAGACAACUUCCUGUGGAGAAAUGUAAGGAUCACCCAAGCAAGGAUAUAGACAUCAUUUGUGAGGACUGUCAGGUUCCACUGUGUUCCAAAUGCGCAAUGCAAGACCAUCGAAAACAUGCACUGAACGAUUUGGAGACAAUUUACUCAGAGGGAUUCACUCUUUGCUUAAAUGAAAUCUAUAAAAUUCAUCAGUAUUUUCUCCCAACUUCACAAGAUAUACAAAAAGACGUAAUGAAAGAAACCACAGAUAUAAAAACAACCAUAAAUAGAAUACGAACAUCCAUGAAGGCUGAAGCUGAAAUUCUUAAAAGUCUGGUAGACACAGUCACUUCAGAUAGUAUAGAGCAAAUCAACAAAAUGGAAGAGGCACUUACAGAAGAGCUUCAGAGCCAACACAACACAUACAAAGAUUACAUUUCUUAUCUUAAAGACCUUGUCACAGAGUUCCAUGGCUACCUGUCCUCUAUUAAGCUUCAAAACAAUCCACUCAUUUUCUCGCUUGUUGACCGCCUUAAUAUCCAACCCAUACCAGAGACCACCAAACCAGUCCCUCCAGUGUUUACUGCUGGUCAAUACAGCAAGAAAGAUGUCUCCAAACUAUUGGGUAGAGUAACUGCUCCUGACAUUAAGCCAGAGAACAGAGAAAUAAAACCCAUGGAGAUGGCCUCUACACAGUUAAAACCAACAGAGAAACAGAAGAAACAAGACAGAGAGAAAUCUGACAUGAAACAAACACUGUCUCUGUCUUCCUCUUUCACCGAGGUCAGAGAGUACACAGUACCAGGUCUUUCUGAUGUGAAUCAUAUGUCUUUUGGUAAACCAGGCAGACUCUGGGGCAGUGAUCAUCAUGGUAGACUUGUACAAUUUGAUCUACAGGGGAAUCGUAUUCAAAUGAUGCAAACCGGUGGUGGAUCUGAAGGCUACCACACAGUCACACAGAAUGGGGACCUGAUCUAUACAGACAAGAAGAAAAAAGUCAUCAAUAGGAAAACACUGGAUAAAGCAACUACUAAUUUCAUCAAAACAGGAGACUGGGAACCUAUCAGUAUACACUCCUCCCACAUUAACGGGGACAUACUGGUGGGGAUGAUAAAGAACAAAAAGGCUAAAGUCACCAGGUACAACAAAACAGGAGAAGAAAUACAGAACAUACAGAGGGACAACAAAGGACAGGAGAUGUAUGAGUAUCCACAUUACAUCACAGAAAACAUCAAUGGCGAUAUUUGUACAUCAGACCUUAACAAACGAGCUGUAGUGGUCGUGAAUAAAUCAGGUCAAUACAGGUUCUCCUACAUAAGUCAGGGGUCACCGUUUUAUCCUUGUGGUAUCUGUACCGAUCUCCUUGGUCACAUCCUUGUGUGCAACUCUCGUUUCUUUGGUUCCCUCAAAGCAGACGACAGAGACGCAGUUCAUCUAUUGGAUCAGGAUGGUCAGUUGUUGUCUCUACUGCUCACACCAAAACAAGGUCAAGGUUUAAAGUUUUUCCAUAGUCUGUGUGUUGAUAAUGAGAACAAUCUCCAUGUGGGACAACAGUACACCACCAGUGUGACAGUGUACAAGUAUCUACAGUGAUCAUUAAUUACAUAUUUUGACUAUUUUGCAGUGUUUAUUACUUUAGUUUUACAUUACUGUCUUUCCAGAUUUAAAUCAUUAUUUGUGUCUUCUAUUUCAUAUAAUAAUUAUAAUUUAGGAAAAUCCUAUUCAAAAUUGUGUAUAUAAAAGAUAUACAUGUAUUCAUUAAUCUUGAAAAAAUGUCCAUUAAUCAGCUUGUUACUUUGUCAGACAAAGAUGCAUAAUUACAGUAGUAAGAAACAUUAUCCUAAAAUUGUACAUAUUCUUUAUUUUUAUACUGUCGUGUUAAAUACUAUUAGUAUAUAUAAAUAGUGCCUGUUUUGGAGGGUAACUGUUGAAAUCGAUACUCCGAGAAAACCAUUGUCAACCGACCCUCCCAAACAGACACUAUUUAUUUUAUUAUACUGAGUGUCUUAAUUUUAAAGAAAAUUUUACUGCUUUUAUAUAGAUAUGAAGUGAAUUUUACAGCGAACUGUACGCGCAUAAUUUUCGCGCAUGUAACAAUUCGUUGUGUUACCCGUUGCCAAGUGUGUUGCUAAUGCUGAGGGUAAUAGAACGAAUUAUUAACUUCAUCUAAACCAAUCAGAUUCCAGUAUUUAACAUGAAAGUAUAAUAAAACAAAUUGUAACAUGCACGAAAAUUAUGCGGUAGAAUUCAAGUCAUUCCUAUAGAAAAGCAGUUACUGUAGAUUUUUUUUUUAAAUUAAGACAUUUAGUAUGAUAAAAUAAAUAGUGCCGGUUUGGGAGGGUAACAAUUGACAACUUCGCGUCAGUUGACAAUGCUGGUUUUCUCGGGGUGUCAAUUUCAACUGUCACCAUCCUAAACAGGCAGUAUUUAUACAUUGCAUUUAGAUUUUUGAUAUAAUCAUAGCAUUGAACGAAUUUAUUUAAAAUGUUAUUUCAAUUCUUGUAAUACCUUGGUAUACUUUUUAUAGUCGAAUUGAUGGAUCGUGCUGGAUCUUAAUGGAUUUUCUGGGCAGUGAUUCUAUAGAACCCAGACCAUUGACACCGGUGAUAGAAUGGACAGUUUGCCUGGUUUAAUAUCUUUUUGUUUGUGUAUAUCUAGAUAAAUUCAUUGCUCA